UCUGAGGUGUCCUCUGGGGAGCUGGGCUUCACCUCUCCUAACCCCAGACCUAGAAUCCCCUGAUCCUUGGGGGCUGUUCAUAUGCCGCGGGGCUCAGGGCGCUGCUUACUGGGGCCCCUGCCAGCUCAGCCUCUAUCUCCACCUAAGAUUUUCUGUUAUCUCAAAAUAGGAGCAUCAACACACAGAAGACCGAGAUGGUCCUGAGUGGGGCGCUGUGCUUCCGAAUGAAGGAUGCGACACUGAAGGUGCUUUAUCUGCAUGAUAACCAGCUUCAAGCCGGAGCGCUGCAAGCAGGGAAGGUCAUUAAAGGUGAGGAGAUCAGCGUGGUCCCCAAUCGGUAUCUGGAUGCCAAGCUCUCUCCAGUCAUCCUGGGCGUCCAGGGUGGGAGCCAGUGCCUGUCGUGUGGGACGGGGCAGGAACCGACCCUGAAACUAGAGCCAGUGAACAUCAUGGAGCUCUACCACAGUGCCGAGGAGUCCAAGAGAUUCACCUUCUACCGGCGGGACACGGGGCUCACCUCUAGCUUCGAGCUGGCUGCCUACCCGGGCUGGUUUCUCUGCACCAUGCCCGAAGUGGACCAGCCUCUCCGGGUCACUCAGCUCCCGAAGGACACCAGCUGGGACGGCCCCAUCACCGACUUCUACUUCCAGCAGUGUGACUAGGGCGACAUGACCCCAGGGCUCCCGGGGCGGGCCAGCUUGGGCAGGGCCAGGAGGUGUAGGAGGAGACCCGUGGUGAUGAACCCACCUCUGCUCUCAGGGCCUCCACCGUGGAGGGGCUGGGCACACGGCCACUCUUCCUCCACCUGUUUCCCAGUUUGGGUAAAUCCUUCUGAGAGUUGGGGCUUAGUCCACAGUUUUCUUUUCUGCUGAG